UGCCUUGAAUUUUGAAUCUCUAUGGUUGUGACGGGAAGUGCCCCGAGAGCUGAAAGUUUUUCCUUCUUUGCGUCAACUUUCUCCAAAAUUUGUCUUUUAUGUGGAGGUUUGCGGCCACUAAGUGAUUAUAUGUCAGAAUAUACGCUAUGAUAAAAGUGCGACUUGAAGGAGAGUUUGUGGAGUAAAACGAAAGUUUCGGUUCUGAUGGACGAAGAAAGUUACAAGGAACCGAGGAAGGAGCCGAGGAAAGAUUUAAGGAAAACUACGUGGACAAAACUAACAAAGACAAAAACGGAUAACCAACGGUGUUAAGAUCUGGGAUAAAGUGAAUGACUCAGUGGACGUAGAGAUGGAUGGAGAGAAGGAGCGAGAGAGAGAGCAAAGGGAGGAAAAGGACAGCAAUGAGGCUGAGGAGGAGAAGACAAGUGACUGUGAUGCUGAUAACGAAGAAGAGGAAGAGGAGGAUUCAGAGAGCGCCGCUCUAGUGUGGCAGGAAAGCUACGAUAAAGACAGUCUGCACCUUCCCAUCAUGCACUGGGAGGCACUCAGCCUGCGCAUCGCUGAGCUGGAGAAACAAGAAGAGGAGAAGAAAGAGAAGAUGGCGAAGAGUCCCAGUGACUCGCCUCUGAACCGAUGCAGAGCUCCGCUGAGCUGGACAGAAGAACGAGGGAGGAGGGCGGAGAGCUGGGAUGACGGCGACAAUGUCUACAACAGCCAUGUGAUGGCACUCACCUCCCGUCUUCAGACGCAGAUGAAUCUUCAGCUCUGCUUCAUCAACAAUAGUGAAAGUGAAGAAGAGGACGAGAAGCAAGUGGAAGUUGGCCAGAAGGAGAACUCCAGCACAAAGAAAGGGACUGUACACGUUCAUCAGCAUCCUCCACCUCCUGCAAAGCCGGAGAAACCUAAAGCAUCCAAAGGUUUCAGGAACACUCUCAGGAUCCUGCGGGACAAACUGAGAACAGACCAUAAACCACAUACUCCAGCUCACGAUCCCGUUGCCCAGCAAAGACGUUUGAGCCUCAGUGAUUUACAGAGUUUCAGUGUCAAGGAUUUAAACUCUCUGUGCGCAUCGCUAAGCCAGGCCAUACAAGACCUUAGUUCGGAGCUGGUGGGUCGUCUUCAGAUUCGGGACCAGCUGAGGACAGAGCAGGAUGCCUUGCUGCUGGAGGUCCAGGAUUUGACAUCACUCUGAAUCUGGUGAUUCCAAGUCCAGUGAGCCCUGGUGAAGUCAGACAUCUCAGCCAAUCACUGUGAGGAAUCGUUCACACCUUCAAAGAACUUCUACACUCGGAUACAAAGGGAUUUUUUUUAUUUUGUUCUAUUUUCUUUAGG